UGGAAGUAGUUCCGGUGGUUUAGCAAGAGAACGGAGUCAGGAGACGCGGCGGGAUCCUGUUGUUGGAGAAGCAAACGCGAAUAGCGGGAUGAGGAAGUCUCCAAUUCAUGGCACACAAUUGACCACAGAACCGGUCAAUGUGACACGAGUAUUGCAUGGGGCAUGCAACUUCAGUGACAGCCCUAGAAGGUGAAGAAGCUCAGUCCUCGGAGGAAAUGUUCAAGUGCAGCGCUGGAACCGCUGAACCUCUGUAAAAUUUUAACCGGUUCAUAACCAUCCACCCGGCCUCAAUGAGGAGCGUAUGAACAUGCACCAUAGAAGGACUACUCUACCUUUCGGUUCAGUACAUUCCACAGAUGCUUGGGCCAGAGAAGAGAUGUAAAGAAACUAAAACAAAUUCAGCAGGUGCCGCUGUGCAACAGCAAUCCAGUGAGCGAAAGGAGAGCAUCUCCCCACCCUGCCCCUGAGUCCCCCAACCCCUCACCACCAUCAUGACCUCUGAACUAGGGAGCAGCCUGACCUCCAUGGACUGGCUUCCCCAGCUUACCAUGCGGGCGGCCAUCCAGAAGUCCAAUGCCGGGCACCAACACCACACUCACGGGUACCCCCACGGACAUCAUGGCCACGGGCUGGGAAAGAAGAAUGCCCCACUGGACCAGGGAAACAUGCUGGACCAGGAGGAGGUGGCCCAGCAUAGGGAUGGCAAACCACCCUACAGCUACGCCAGCCUUAUCACCUUCGCUAUUAACGGCUCGCCGCACAAGAGGAUGACCCUCAGCGAGAUCUACCAGUGGAUCUGUGACAACUUCCCCUACUACCGGGAGGCAGGCAGUGGUUGGAAGAACUCAAUACGGCAUAAUCUGUCCCUGAACAAGUGUUUUCUCAAAGUGCCUCGCUCUAAAGACGACCCUGGGAAAGGGUCUUACUGGGCUAUAGACACCAACCCUAAAGAGGACACACUACCCACCAGACCAAAGAAGAGGCCGCGCUCUGGAGAAAUGGCCUCCACCCCCUACAGCCUGGAAUCGGAGUCCCUGCGAAUGGACUGUAUCAUGUACGGCGAUGCCUCUCCCACUCUGGCAACCAACACUGUGACUAACAAGGUAGUGUUGUACAAGACGGAGCACGAGGACAGCGACAGCCCCAGGAGCAGCCUCAAUAACAGCCUCUCUGACCAGAGCCUGGCCUCAGUCAACCUCAACAGCAUCGUGCACAGCUACACGCCGGUCAGUAGUCACUCAGAACCCUCCUCCCAGUCUCUGAGUUUAAAGCUGCAUCCUCCCCCUCCACUUCCUCCUCCUCCCCAGCCCCAGUACAACGUGGCCGAGGGGGACAAGCAGCUCCUCUUCUCCGACUUCGAGGACCUCAGUGCCUCCUUCCGCAGCCUCUACAAGUCUGUCUUUGAGCAGUCCUUCAGCCAGCAUGGUCUCAUGGGUAUGCCCAGCGAAUCGAGCCAGCAGCCACGGACGUUGUGCUCCUACCAGCACUCCCCUGGCCGGGGCAGCAGCAGGGGCAUCAACGCCCACAACCACCAACACGCACACAACCACGGUCACCGCCAUAAUCACCACCCGCCCCACUCGCAGCACCUCUCUCCCCACGCCACACACAACCAACACCAACCUCAUCAACACACUCAGCACAGGCAGCACUCACAGCACCCUCAACACCGCCAGCACCCCAACAGUGGGCAGCAGCAGUCACAGCACCUCCAGAGCCAUAAUGGCCAGCCAGCACAGAUGCCCUGCACCAACACUGGUCUGUCAGCCGACUGGUACCCCAACUUGGACUGGCUGAAGGAGAGCUGUCGCAUCGCCGGCAGCUACAACUGGGCUGACGUGGACCUCUCUCCAUUCCAAGGACUAAAGGAAAGCAUGAGGCAGGCGGAGCUGAACAACUGGUCCCUGGACCCGGCCCAGAUAGCCGACCUGUGCUCCUCCAUCAACCAGUUCUUCACCCGCACUGGGGUCAUCCCACCACAAGGCCCAUUGCAACCACAGCCACCCCCGUCUGCCUGUCACGGCCCCAUGCACACCAGCAAGCCCAGUCAGCACAUCAACACAGGUAAUCCGUAUAUGGACUCCAGACAGAACAUGUCUUCAAUGAUGGGACCCCCGGGUUACCCCCACAUGACCCCCAUGACCACCGCAGGCUCCACGAUGACAGGGCACCAUGGCCAGAUGAACCAGCAGCACAUGAUGCCGCCUGGGCACUACCAGAUGAGGAGGCUGCCUACCGAAGACAUCCAGGAUGACUUUGACUGGGACUCCAUCGUUUAGAACUGCCCCAAGGAGAGGAAGAAAGAAGGAUAGGGAAAGAGGAUCAGAAGAGUGGAAGAGGAUUGGGACCGGCCACAUGCCCUUUGGAGAAAGAGAGACAUUACAGAAGAGGAGUGUCAAUCACCUGAUUUUGGUCUUUUUAUACAAGAGUGUAGAGUGACUUUGAAGACAAUCAAAUGUAGAGGGAGACUAGUCUACGUUUACCACUGGACAAGUUAUGGUCAUUUUGUCGGGGAAAAAAUGACAUUUGGAACGGUCUCGUCUCAAUGUUCCAAGUGCCAACAGGUUUAGAAGUUGCCAUAAAUUGUGACAAGCAAUGGUGAAGUUUUUGGUUUAAUGCUUCGAUUCUCGUUUCUUUCCACUGAAGACUCAAAGUGGAAAGUAGCGUUUUGUGUUUUCCGACAGCUUUUUUUCAAGACACGUCCACCUGCCACUGAACUGAAAGGACUGGGCGUGGAUGAAAAAGAUAGUGCCAUUAUACGUCGGAACAAACAACCGGCGUCAUGCCAAUUAGUCCACAAAGUAUUGUGACUUUUCCUCCCCGUAGCACCACUCCCCUAUCUGGCAGAAGUGAUAAGAAAUCCACAGAAUUAUAUUUGCGCCACUUCCAAGAAAUACAGGUAGUUAGGAAUGUGACAAUAGGGGUAGACUAGAUAAGAAUGCUCACGCUAAUAAGGGAAUGACAUUGGGGUGCGGUGGCCUAUCUCUUUGACUGACUCAGAUGCCAUCUUGUUGGUGUAGGUUUAUAUUGCAGAGAGAAGUGACCGUAUGUUGACAGAGGAGAAAUCACAUUGUACCACACCUGGGUUCAAAUGCUAUUUGAAAUCUUUCCCGCCUUGAGUGCGAGAUUAAUGGGGUUUGCACUUUUGAGAUGUUUCUAUUGGUUAAAAAAGUCUUAAUCAAGCACAGCUGAAUUUUUUUUAAAUUCAAAAUUCCCAAAAAAUAUUUUGUACUUUUUACCCCUUUUUUUCCCCAAUUUCGUGAUAUCCAAUUGGUAGUUAGUCUUGUCCCAUCGCUGCAACUCCCGUACGGACUCGGGAGAGGCGAAGUUUGAGAGCCAUGCGUCCUCCGAAACAUGACCAUGCCAAGCCGCACUGCUUCUUGACACACUGCUCGCUUAACCCGGAAGCCAGCCACACCAAUGUGUCGGAGGAAACCUCAUACAACUGACAACCAAAGUCAGCGUGCAUGUGCCCGGCCCGCCACAAGGAGUCGCAAGAGUGCGAUGGGACAAGAACAUCCCGGGCCAGCCAAGCCCUCCCCUAACCCGGACAACACUGGGCCAGUUGUGCGCCGCCUCAUGGGUCUCCCAGUCGCGGACGGCUGCGACACAGCCUGGGAUCGAAUCCGGGUCUUUAGUGUAGCCACUCGGGAGACCUUUGAAAUUAUUUCUCAUAGUAUUUGCAUUGCACACUUAAAUUUCUAUUUGAAAUCUAUGUAACUUGCUUUAACAUUCAAUGGUUUGAUGAGAACAAAAAUCUUCCAGUGUAACAAGUUUUGUGUUUAGUACUUCGCCACUUUCUUAACUCUGUGAUCAUGAAAAAAUGGUGGUGCUGGCCAAUGUUAUGUAUGUAUUUCCUGUUAAUCCCUAUCUGGUAUUGUUGUGGUGUCUACAGUUCUUUUGUUCUCGCUAUCUCUGUGUUUUUUUCUGAGUGUGUGUGUGCGUGUGCGUGCGUGUCUGUGCGUGUGUGAGUGCAUGCGCCUAUGUGUGAUAGCGCACGUGUGUGUUAGCGUUCAUCAGGACUGUCCUGUUAGAAAGUCCAUGGUACCAAGUCCUCAGGGUCCCUGUUUCUUCUUUUUUUAAUUUCCGAAUAACCCCUAUUUCCUUUUGUACGUUACUGGAAGGUCAAAUGGGUUUGUGUCUCAUUUACUGUACCUGUUGGCGGGUGUUUCGACCACUGUGGUCGAAAUAUGCGCCUAAUGUACCACAUUAUAAUCUACAAGGCCUUCAGAAAGUGUUCACCCAUUGACGUAUUCCACAUUUUGUGUUACAGCCUGAAUUCAAAAUGAAGUCUAUAGAUUUUUGUCUCACCCAUUCUACACACAAUACCCGACAAUGACAGAGUGAACACAUGUUUUUAGAACUGUUUGCAAAUGUAUUGAAAAUGAAAUACAGAAAUAUCUCAUUUACAUUAGUAUUCACACCCCUGAGUCAAUACUUUGUAGACUCACAUUUGGCAGCAAUUGUGAGUCUUUCUGGGUAAGUCUCUAAGAGCUUUCCACACCUGGAUUGUGCAACAUUUGCCCACUAUCAUUGUUACUGCCAUAGAUUUUCAAAACUAUAACUCUGCCAAAUUCACUGUCUUCUUGGUAAGCAACUCCAGUGUAGAUUUCACCUUGUGUUUUAGGUUAUUAUCCUCCUGAAAGGUGAAUUAAUCUCCCAGUGUCUGGUGGAAAGCAGACUGAACCAGAUAUUCCUGUGCUUAGCUCCAUUCUGUUUCUUAUUUUUAAACUGGCAAAACUCCCCAGUCCUUAACAAUUACAAGCAUACCCACAACAUGAUGCAGCCACCACUAUGCUUGAAAAUAUGGAGAGUGGUACUCAGUAAUGUGUUGUAUUGGAUUUGCCCCAAAUAUAGUACUUUGUUUUCAGGACAAAAACUGAAUUGCUUUGCCACAUUUUUUUUGCAGUAUUACUUUAGUGCCUUGUUGCAAAUGGGAUGCAUGUUUUGGAAUAUUUUUGUCUGUACAGGCUUCCUUCUCUUCACUUAGAUUAUUAUUGUGUAGUAAGCACAAUGUAAUUGAUCCAGCCUCCGUUUUCUAUUAUCACAGCCAUUAAACUCUGUAAUGGUUUUAAAGUCACCAUUGGCCUCAUGGUGAAAUCCCUGAGCGGUUUCCUUCCUCUCCAGCAACUGAGUUAGGAAGGACGCCUGUAUUUUUGUAGUGACUGGGUGUAUUGAUGCACCAUCCAAAGUAUAAUUAAAAACUUCACCGUGCUCAAAGGGAUAUUCAUUGUCUGCUUUCAGAAAAAUGUCCCAUCUACCAAUAGGUGUCCUCUGUGAUGAAUUGGGAAAACCUCCCUGGGCCUUGUUUGAGAUUCACUGCUUAACUAAGGGACCUUACAGAUGUGUGGGUAUAGGGAUGUGGUAGUCAUUCAAAAAUCAUGUCAAACACUAUUAUUGCACACAAUGUGUCCAUGCAACUUAUUAUAUGACUUAAGCACAUUUUUACUCCUGAACUUAUUUAGCCUUGUCAUAACAAUGGGGUUGAAUACAUAUUGACUCAAGACAUUUCAGCUUUUGAAAACCUAAUUGCACUUUGGUAUCGUGUGUAGGCCAGUAACACAAAAAUCUCAAUUAAAUUCAUUUUAAAUUCAGGCUGUAUCACAACAGAAUGUGGGAAUUGUCAAGGGGUGUGAAUACUUUCUGAAGGUACUGUAAAUUUAAGUGAAAUGCUGUGGAUUUAGGACUUAAGAAGUCUCUUGUACCAGGUGAAUUUGGCUGGUGAACAAGAAUACUACAGCUUGACUUCAGUUUCAGAUUCAUUUGGCCUGUCUCUUGCAAAAAGAAAGUGGCCUGUUAUCCUGUUCACUAAAUGACCACUGGGCUAGAGUCAGUUACAGAUUGGCUACAUUCCGAUUCUCUACCCUUCUACCGACGUGUGCAAUCGUGCACUCGCCCCUAAUAGCUUGAAAAGGAAUCAACUGGUGUGAGGAAUAUGGUGUAAACUCUUCCAGCCAUGCUUGCACCAAUCCAAGGCUGUUAAUCGAGGAGUGAUUGAGUGAAUAUUGCUGGAGAAGGGUACCCACUGGGAACACGCUGGUUGACUCAAUGUUGUUUCUACAUGAUUUCGAUGAAAUUAGGUUUGAACCAUCGUGGAAGACGUUGAAUUGACAUCUGUAUUCAGUGGGAUAGAGAAUCGUAAUGCAGCCAUUGACUCUUAAAACACUCUUGACCCCUCAAAACACAGGUGAAAUCCAGUCAUGGGCAUUGGAUGGGGACACACAAUGAUUCCAAGGUGCCUCGUCAUAGGGUGGGAGAGGGUAAGCAGUUUUUGCACAUUGCUGGACAAUGUGGUAUGGUAGCAUCAAUCAAAUGGUUGGACUGCUAGGUCUAACCUCCCCCUUAAUUGAAUCAUAAAAAGAGCUCAGUGAGGGAAAGAGAGAAUGGUAGAUAAAUGCAGGAUAAAUAAGGAAUGAACAGACAAACUUAUCAAAUGAACUGCGUUACUUACAUUUGUCAUUGUGUCCGAGUCUGUUUUUUCCUCUCGCUAUCCCGUUAGUAUACCUACAAUUACAGAAUUGAAAUCGUAUCCAUUCAACAAUGUAAAUCAGUAUUUAACGAAUAUAUACUGUGAUGAUGAUGAUGAUUUUGAAACGGGACCCUAAAGUGCUCUUGUGUCUUUGAAUACACUCACUCAGUUGAGUCGCAAGGUUUCAGACAGCAUUUCAUUGAAGAAGAAUGAUUAGCAUAUACAGUAUAUUGUAUGUCUGUGUUAUUGUGCUUACUGUAAAUACUGUAUGUCAUUUCAAUCAUCCCUUUACCCUUCAGCAAUGGGACUCAUGAAUGAGAGAAAAUGGAGAGAGGGAAAGUAUUUCAGUAUUCCUCCAAGAGAAACACAGUAUGUAUAUACCUAUAUACUGUAAAUAUCAUAUGUGAUCAAAUGCAUUGGCUUUUUGUGUGACGCUUCCGUGUACUGCAGUCCGAUAUAAUUGUUUCAAUGUUUAUUAAAAUGUCAAGUGAA